GCGGCGGAAGAUGGCGGCGGCCGCGGCCGUAGCGGCGCUCCAGGCCUGGUUCUGGAAUGAACGGUUUUGGCUGCCUCACAACGUGACGUGGGCGGAUUUGUCCGGGGAGCCGGGCCCGCCGGGCAGCGGGAUACAGUACCCGCGGGCGGGCCACGUCUUCUCCGCCUUCCCGUUGGCGCUCGGCAUCUUCGCCGUGCGGCUGCUCUUCGAGAGGUUUAUUGCCAAACCAUGUGCCAUAAACCUUGGCAUUCAAGACAGUGGACCUCACAGAGCCCAGCCCAAUGCAAUUUUAGAGAAAGUGUUUACAUCCAUCACUAAGUCUCCAGGUGGAAAAAGGUUAGAAGGCUUGUCAAAGCAGCUGGACUGGGACGUUCGAAAGAUCCAGCGCUGGUUUCGGCAUCGGAGGAACCAGGACAAGCCCACCACCCUCACUAAAUUUUGUGAGAGCAUGUGGAGAUUUACAUUUUAUUUAAGUAUAUUCUUUUAUGGGAUCAGGUUCCUCUGGACGGCACCAUGGUUUUGGGACACACGACAGUGCUGGUACAACUACCCCUUCCAGCCUCUAACAUCCAGGCUUUAUUAUUACUAUAUCCUGGAGCUGGCCUUCUACUGGUCUCUCAUGUUUUCUCAGUUUACAGACAUUAAACGAAAGGACUUUCUGAUCAUGUUUGUCCAUCAUUUGGCUACAAUUGGGCUCAUUACAUUCUCCUACAUAAACAAUAUGGUGCGGGUUGGAACUCUGGUGCUGUGUCUCCACGAUGCAUCAGAUUUCCUUUUAGAGGCUGCAAAACUUGCCAACUAUGCCAAGUACCAACGUCUGUGUGAUGCUUUCUUCAUGCUCUUUGGUGUCGUGUUCAUUGUUACACGGUUGGGCAUUUAUCCUUUCUGGAUUUUGAAUACAACCCUGUUUGAAAGCUGGGAGUUGAUUGGUCCUUAUCCUUCGUGGUGGCUAUUCAAUGGCCUUUUGAUAACCUUGCAGGUCUUGCAUAUCAUCUGGUCUUAUCUCAUCAUCCGCACCGCCUACAAGGCCCUCAUGCGGGGCAAGGUGUCCAAGGACGACCGCAGUGACGUGGAGAGCAGCUCUGAGGAGGAGGAUGUGACUUCCAACAGCACAAAAGGAGUUCUCAGCCCUUCCAGUAACGGCUCCAACCGCAUCAACGGCCACGUGGGCAGUGGCCAGUGGACAGAGGAGGAGUAAAAGCUGUGGCUUGGCCUUGAGCAAACACAAACUGAUCUUUAACUAUCUAGAUGUGUUGAGCUCCACAUUCCCAAGUGAUCUUUAAUCAAGAUACCCCUUCCCCAGCAACCUCCAGCAAAUCUGAACUGGGCACAAUCCAGACCGGUCAGAGCCUUUGUGUAACAGAGGGAUGAAGCCAAUGACUAGAGCAAAACCCAAGCUGCAGAUUUCACUUUAAGCCAUUCUGUACUCCAAUCUUAGUCCCGUCGGUAUUUGCAGAGGAAUCUUUGUGACAAACUGGUUUUUACUAGGAUCAACUCAAGGCAGGAGGAGUUUGGACGAGGCUGGCUGCCCACCACAGGAGGGUCUGAGUGCCACUGCCGGGACAGUUUGCUCCAGCGCAGCUUCAGCACAUCUUGAUGCACUCCAGAAGCCGCUUAAAGAGCGUGGAGAGCAGAACACGGGCUCCUACGGUUCCACAUCAAAGCUGCCCUGGCUGGGGCAGACACUCUCUCUCUUCUCAGUCCUGCCCCGAGUGCUCUGGGCUACAGCCAAGCUUUGAAUCAGACUGUGCUACAACAGAAACGUUGUUGUAACUCUCCAUCGGGGUGCUACAGGCCAAGGAGGUCAGAGCUUGUAUCUCUGCUGUCACGAGGGACCAGGCCAGCAUUUGCUGCCUAUUUUGGUGCUGCAAGCCCCUCUGAAGUCUUGACUACAGCCUUCUGAAACGGGGGAGGGGGGUGGUUUAUUGCCCCUAAGACAACUCUCACAACACAGCCCCUUUAACAGUUUUUACUCUGUGGCAAGUUGUGGUUUUAAAGCUGCUUCUAGACCUACAGUUGGCUGAGCCAGGACCUGAGCUGAGGGCAGCACAGUACUGCUGGGAAGCUGCAGGGUUUGGGUCCUGCUCCUCUGUGCUCUGGGACAGAAGUGCCUGUUGCUGCUCUGGUUUUGUAACCGUGUGGAGGAAUCACUGGGCAGGAAAGGCAGCCACACCACAGGCUUUGCUUCAUGGGGUUGUUUGGUUUGGGUUUUUGGUUUGUUUUUUUUAUUACUUGAUGGUACUUGGGGGCAAUGGAAGGACCAUGAGCAAUCAUGAGCAGAAAUUCACAAACUUCUUGAGUUGUUACCAUUUUAUACCAUUGUUUACUCUUAUCUCUGAUUAAAAGAUGCUUCAAAAA